UUACAGUUUGUGUUUUUAUUUUCAGCAAAAAAAUAACAAUUCAUUGUAAUUAAUUAAUUUAAACUUUUGAUUUUAAGUGAAGUGGCAAAUUUGUAAAUAAGAAAGACAUAUAAUGGCUAAUGUGUAAAUAAAAAGAAAUAUUUAAUAUAUUAUCCGUGUUUCCAAACAAUUCUCAUUUAUCUGUUAUCCAAGUUUCCAAACGACAUAAUCUGUAAAUGAGAAAGAAAUACACUGACUAAAUAUGUAAACAAAAAAAAUAUUUAAUCUGAUAUCUUUGUUUCCAAACAAUUUUCAUUUAGUUUCCAAACAGUACCAAAAGGUACUUCAAUUUUAAUAAUAUAGAUAAUAUAGAUAUAUUUGUUGCCGUAGAUAUAGUGAUAUCUCCUUUUUUCUCACCCAUAAACUCACAUUCCUUUAACACUUCAAAACCUCUUUCACAAGUCAUACCGUGUGCAAUUAUAGGCUUCGAAUUUUACGAACCGCUCCGUCCCGCACCACAUUUAACAGUAACAAAAAUUUCUACAUAUACCAUAUAUCUAUACGUUUUUAUAAUAUAGGAAUUAGAUGGGUCUUGUGAUUGGUCAAAAAAAUCAUUAUUUCCAAUUGGUUGAUUAAAUAGUUGCUAAAAAUAUAGUUAAAAAAAACGGAAUGGUAUGACAUGUAAAUCUAACAAUACUAAAAGCAGUAUAUAGAGAGCAUACAGAGUGCCACGUCAGAUUUUUUAUUCAAACCAAUCAGAAGCGUUUUAUGUGACACAUCAUCCCGGGCUCGCGGUGUGGGUUUCUGAGAAGUGUUGUGGGCUUCAUCGAAGUGUUGUGGGCUAAACCGUAGCGUUCUGGGCUUCACAGAGUUUUGUGUUGUUUGUGUCGUUUUGAUGAAACCUCGAAGAAUCCAUCGGUGAAACGAGAUUCUCAGCGCCUCUCCCUCUUCGUCUUCUCGGAUCGAAGAGCAGAGAAACCGCGAUUUAAUCGAGCCACUCCUACACAAUCAAUACCUCCAUAAUGAUUUCGUUUCACCUCCCCCUUUUCAUCCUGAUCCUCCUUCUUUAUAUACUGAUCUUCUUUAUUUCGUAUCAUCCAAAACCCUAGAAUCACUCAAAUCUCGAUCCAUGGCGAUGAAACGAAAUGGGAAGUCUCUUGCCUCCUCCGGCUCCGAUGAAGAAGUCAUGUUCUUCAAGGAUGUCUCUCUGGGUCCACACGAGACUCAGCUACGCUUCCGGCUAAUCCAUUUCUGGGAGGCUCGGAACCCGGUGAAGAAAACACUGAUUGGCCUCGAAAUGCUCCUCAUCGACGAACAGGGAACUGUUAUUCAAGGAUUCAUCCCACCGGGACGAAUUAAGAAGUACUUGCCUGAUAUGAAACGUGGAUCAGUUUACAAACUCAUCAACUUUUACGGGUCGAAAAACAAACCGGUUUAUCGCGUUGCUGAUCAUGUCGCAACCGUGUCUUUCACAUGGAACUCUGAAAUGUCGGUUCUUCACGAGAUUCCCAUCUCUUUUGGUGAAGACCGUUUCAGGUUUCAUUCAUACGAAGAUUUUGAAGCCAACUGUGAUCUCAAAGGUGACCUCUACGAUGUUGUUGGUCACAUGAAGCUGGUCGAUGGACAGACACUUCUUGCACGUCCCAGCCUUGACGAUGUGAAGAUUGCUACCGCUCGGCACAUUAUGAUUCAUGUGCAGUCACAUGAUGGACCUGUGAUGAAGCUCUACCUUUGGGACCAGGCUGCAGCAGACUUCUGCAAGAAAUUCAACUCCAGUAAAAGCAUUCCCACAGUGCUUUUGGUCACAACUGUUAACACUAAGCGUCUCGGAGGUACCCUUGCCCUGGCUUCUAUGUCCUCCACACGGGUUUUCAUGGACUAUGAUGUCCAACCAACCAGGGAUUAUUUCUCUUGGCUGAGCUCCAACCCCGAGAUUGCUAAUCAGGUUAUCGCAGACGUCAUCACUAAGCGUGAGACACUGACUAUAGCAGAUAUAUUCUCAUACAUGACUCAAGAAUCUGCAAAGGAUGCCUUUUUUGAGUGCACGGCUACAAUUGAUGAUGUUGUGCAUGGCUCUUCUUGGUACUAUAUUGCAUGCAGUGAGUGCCAUUCUAAGGCUACCAAGGGCCCAUCUUCGUUGAUUUGUACAAACACAAAAUGUGAGAAGGUUAACACAGUUGGCAUUCCACAGUACCGUGCAAAGAUUUCGGUUUAUGACAAGACCGAACAAGCUUUUUUUGUCCUCCUUGGAGAUGCUGGGCGUGAGUUGACUGGGAGGCACGCAUCCGAGUUGGUUAACAGCUACUUUGAGGUUAAUAAAAGCGAAGGAGCUGACCAUGUGGUGCCUGUCCCGGAAGCACUAAUCAGCACCAUCGGACAGACACAUAAGUUCUGUGUGAAAGUUACAGACCACAACUUCUCAGGCAAUACCCGAGCCAUAACUGUCACCAAGAUCCUCCCUCUAGACACACCACCACCCACGGAAGCCUCAGUUGGAAAUGACAUUGCAACAACCUCCGAGGAAGCAAUGCAGUCUGGAAACGAUGUCUGCGAACAUCCCAAAAGCCGUGGAGAUUCUCUAGAUGAGGAGAGCAAGAGGACGUGUACCAGGGCUGAUCCAGAGACAGCUAAACGCCCAAGAUGUGAGAAUUAGAGCUUGAGUUCAUUGGUUUUUGAGUGUUUGCUUUCCAGUUCAAGGAUUGGUUUUUUUCUUUAAAUUUGCUGCAGUUUAAGUACUUUUGGGUUUUUUUAAAGACAAUGCAUUGUCUGUUUUCUAUUUAAGACUUUGUUUCCAAAGCAAUGAAAGCUUACAGGUCUUUGACGCAAAACUUUGCUUUGUAGCAAGUUCAUGAUUUAGAGCAGUAGUGCUGUUGGAUAGACUUCGGUAAACAAUCUGUGUAACAGCCGUAUUGUUGAAGUCAUUUGUGUCCUCAAACUGCCAUAACCAACAUAACAAAAACAAACCAAAAAACUUUAGGAAACUUGAUUCACCCACGGGUGACUUUAGGAAAUUUGCCAGAUUUAUGUGUAUAAAAUAUUCUUUUGCUUAUAAACAAGAAACCCACUCACCCUUGCUAAUCUUCAACGCCUCUCACAUUCCAACGAUUCUGUUUCACACCCACUUUGAAAAGGUAUUCUUUGGCCACGCUCAUUUUAGUUAGUAUUGUGUAGAUUGGUUUGGCCAUAGUGUAUUGAUUUUGAUUGAAUUUUAUUAUAUUCUGCUCUGUUUAUAUAUGCCUUUGGCCCCAUUUUUCAUUCAAGUUUGCUUUGUUUUUAUAAUAUAAAAGCCUUAAGCUUUCUCUGUUUUGGUCAGCCAUUACUCAUUAUAUGUUUCACUAGAGUGUAGAGAUUUUGAUGAAAGCUUAUCAUAUUUUGCUCUGUUUUAGUGGGCAAAAUUAUGAUACUUCAUUCCACUGUUCAGUUUUAAAUAAACUUAAAGAUUUUAUUUUUGUCAGUGUUUGGUCCAUUUACGUACAAUUCAAGUGAAAAAAAUAAGGGAAAAAAAUAUCAAGGAUCGAGUAAUUUUUUUUUGAUUUCUUUGUGGAGUUUAAGUUUCUCUUUGGUCAAGGAAUUGGAAUAUCCAAUCCAAUCAAACCAUGAUUUAGUUUCUGUUAGCGGAUUCUGCAAAAAAAAUAUAAAAAUAUAAAUAUGAAAAAA